UUGCACGUUGCCAGGUCGAGCCCGUUGUCAACCUUCAAGGGUCGGCCUAGUUCUCUGGGACAGUCGUAGGUUUACUGCGGCAGAGCAUCAUGGGCGGUAAUGGUCGGAAGGGUUGUUUCGAUACACAGCUUUUUACCAUCAUAUCUCUCUCGAGAUAUGCGGUCACGUCGUUACAGUACGGCUUUGACAGUGAUCAGGACGAGGCCUGUCAGGAACCAGAUGCUUGCUUUUCCAUGCUGGCUUUAGUGGCUGUAGACGAACCACAUGAAUCCUCGAAAGAUAGAGCAAACGCUAAGACGUUCGUGCGCAGCAUUGUGUACUUCGAUGCGUGCUUCCGCAUUGAUGCGCCCAUAGCCCUUGUUUGCUUUCGACGAAAUGUUUUCCCGAGAUCCUGAUGAUCGAAGAUCUCACAUCCCAGGCAGAUCGCCUCGUGUAAGUAAUAUAGUUCUGCAUCCCGGUCGCAGGUGCGACACUACUGAAUCAAUAAAAUCGUUCAAGCAGCUCAAUGGCCG